AUGAAGACCUCCAUCAUCUCUACCGUUGCCAUGCUGCUUAUCUCCAGCAGCUUGGUCGAUGCUCGCACCUGUGUGUGUCUCUUCAAGAACCAGGACGGUAACGACCAAGGCUCCCAGGGAUCCACCGCCCACUGCUGCGGUAACGGCGUCGUCACUGGACCUUUCCACAAUGCUGCCUUCUACUGCCCCAACCGACAAGAGACCGCCGCCCAGUUCGAUGCUUGCUGCAGGAACUGGAUCGCCAGCUCUUUCGGAUCUUGCGACUCCUAG